AUGGCAGCCGCCGCUGCCGACGACGACGUCAAGCUCGAAUCCUUCCUCCAAUGGCUCCAGGCCAACGGCGCCGACCUCCGCGGCUGCAUGAUCCGCGCAUGCGGCGGCAAGGGUUUUGGCGUCUUCUCCACCGCCGUCCCCGAUCCGGGCUCCAACGACGGGGUGGCGAUGGUGGUGCCGCUCGACCUCGCCAUCACGCCGAUGCGGGUGCUGCAGGACCCACUUGUCGGCCCGCGGUGCCGCGCGCUUUUCGAGGAGGGAGGCGUCGACGACCGCCUCCUCGUCAUGCUCUUCCUCAUGGCCGAGCGCCGACGCCCUGGCUCACUCUGGAAGCCAUAUUUGGAUAUGCUUCCGAGCACCUUCGGGAGCUCCCUUUGGUUUACUGAGGAAGAGCUUGCCGAACUGGAAGGGACGACUCUGCACCGGGCUACGGUGAUCCAGAGGAAGUCAGUGCAAUCCUCAUUUGAUGAGAAGGUUAAAGGACUCGUUGAGGAUCUUUUACAUGUCGAUGAAUCAGCAAGCUUAAUUGAAGUGUUGUUUGAGGAUUUCCUUUGGGCAAACUCAAUCUUCUGGACUCGAGCACUGAACAUACCACUGCCUCAUUCUUAUGUUUUUCCGGGGUCAUGUGGCGAUGAACAAAUCGGAACCGGCAAUGAUGCUUGCUAUUCUGGCCCCCCUGCCCAACAGGAAAUUGACAAUACAGCUAAGGAUCAUAGUGCUGAUGAGAAUUCUAAAUCAAGUAACACAGAGUCAAUUUGGGUUGAGGGCCUUGUCCCAGGAAUUGAUUUCUGCAAUCAUAAUGUAAAGGCACUGGCAACAUGGGAAGUUGAUUCUGUGGGAAAUGCUACUGGAAUUCCUGCUUCAAUGUACCUCUUGCUUGCUGAUAAAAGUUCUGCUGAGGCUGGAGCAGAGAUCUGCAUAAACUAUGGCAACAAAGGAAAUGAGGAACUACUGUACCUCUAUGGAUUUGUGGUUGACAACAAUCCUGAUGAUUAUCUCAUGGUUCAUUAUCCUUUGGAAGCUCUUAGACAGAUCCAGUCUGCUGAUACAAAAAUGCAGCUACUAGAGAUGCAGAAGGGCGAAUUGAGAUGCCUCCUACCCAGAAGAUUGCUUGAUAAUGGAUUUUUUGGUAUCUGUUCCAGUGAAGAUAAGGAUAGCAAGAAAAAUACUAGUCCAUUUUCAAGUUUUAGUUGGAGUGGUCAACGCAAAGUUCCAUCAUAUCUUCACAAAAAUGUUUUCCCUCAGGAAUUUAUGAGUACUCUACGGACGAUUGCCAUGCAAGAACAUGAGCUUGAACAAGUUGCUUCUUUACUUGGAGAGGUUGGAUCUCGUGAAGAUAGAGAAAUAUCUGAUGCAGAGAUCCAAAGUGCUAUUUGGGAGGUCUGCGGUGAUCAGGGUGCACUGGGUUUGCUUGUGGAUCUUCUUGGGGUCAAAAUGGCUGAACUUGAAGAGGGCUCUGGAACAGAAGCAUCUGACACUGAACUGCUUGAGCAGUUUGAUUCCAUUCGGUCAGAAGACUACGCGAGUGAAAGUGAUGAGAAGCACAAAAAGAAGUCAAAAAUAAAUUACCGUUCAUGUAUAGUGUACCGAAGAGGGCAAAAGCAGCUGACAAGGUUGUUCCUGAGGGAGGCAGAGCAUCUUCUGGAGCUUUCUGCAAAAGAACAGACCUAA